AUCUCACUUCGCAGCAUUUGUUUAGUUCUAGGACGCCUUUCAGGUGACGACUCACUGAUUUCAUUUCAUAGAAGCUGUUAUACUAAUGCUUAAUAUUUAAAAUAAUAAUUACUUGUUAUUAAAAUUGUAUUAAAGUUGUUGCAAAAGAGCUGACUACAAGGUCGUAAAUCGGAAAUGUUCGGCAGAUUUAUAUACAGUUGCAGACAUGGCUGAUAGUUAUCAACAAAUUCCAACAUGUGGAUGGAAGCUGGGAGGUCACCAGCCGGCUCGAGCACUGUUACUGGAUGUGAUCCAUGCGGUUGAACUAAACGUAUGGGGCCGAGUCAUCGCCGCCCUUGAAAAUUUCUUCGCCAUCGCAUCGAGCAUUGCCAGGCCUGCAAGUAAUCUGGUUUUUACGAUAUACCUGCUUGAUAGCUACCCACAGUUGCUGCUGCCCCUUUCUCCACUAAAAGGCAAUUUGUGUAGACUUCAAGCAGCGCUGGACGCUGUCAAGACUCAUGUCCAACAGGGCUUACCGUCUAGCCCUCUCUCGUCUCAAGGAUGUCUCUUGCGUGGAUUAGCCGAGGCGUGUAGCCAGUUUCGACGCUAUGUAAAUGCUGCAGGACAUGUACAGCUGAGAGAAAACUUGCGGUGCCAUCAGCUGGAGGUCAUUAUAAUCAGCGGUGCCAAUCCUGAAAUUCUGGCCAAAGAACUGGACAACGGAAAGUGCAUUCUGGACACACACAACAUCAGGAGGGUGGCGAUCGCUGUCCUGACCCAGAUGACUGACGACAUGGCGGGGCCUCAGACGUUUUCCACCUGUACGUCUGCUUUUGACCUGAUCCAUCUGCAGACAGACGAUACUUCUCUUCAGAAGUUUGUCUACACCUGGCUGUUAGACCGAUACUCCGACAGCGAGCACCUCCAACUGCACUUGCCUCCUGCGUCUCCAGCGGACAAAGAGUUAAUCAUCAAGUGUGACCUUGCACAGAGAAUUCUCAACCCAGCGCAGCUGCCUUACUACGAAUGCUUUACCAUUCAACCUGAAGUAAACGCUUAUGAGGCCAGGUCUGGGAAUAGUGAUACAUCGCUGGACUUCAUGGUGCCCGCGCUCACUCUGCAAGCUUCCGCACUCCUCCCUGUGGACAAAGUGUGCGACUCCUUGACCUUCGGCUUGCCUCUACUUGUGAAUGCCACCAUGUGCUGGCGGUUGGCCUGGGAGGAGCUGAAGACAAAUGCUGCCAAUUUACGGGGCCUCUGCCAAGAGUUGGUCAGCAAGAAACAAGCGGUCUUGCUGCAACUAAAGCAUCAGUCUGGCGUUGUAGAGUCCUCGUUGCCGCUCUUUCCUCGGGGCUUGUUCAUACUGCUUCCUGCCCUCAACAACACCUUGCUACUAAAGGCCAUCGCAAAUAAGGAACUGUUGCUGCCUUCCACAGUCUCUGACACUUUCCUUGACGCAGCAACUCACGACACUAGCGUUCUGAGGGUGCAGUCAUCGCUAACGCAGGUUCCAUUGGUGGAAGAGUUUAAUCCCCUCAACUACAGUUCCGGUCUGGCAGCUGUGUUGCUGCAUCAAGCUGCAUCAAAGCAGUUCGUCAGAAACAGGUCCUCGGAGAAAUGCAAGACCGCCGCCAAGACUAAAAGAUCUCAUGCAGGGCUACACACUCCUCUAUCGGCGCUCAGCAUCCGGCAGUCUCCAACAGCCGGAGCCUGUCUUUUCACCAACGGCCCGAGGACCGGCGACAACAGAUGUCCAGAAGGUAUCAGACCAUCACACACGCCCAUCAGUCGUGUCCAAAGGCAUCACAGCAAAGGCGAGCACCAGACGAAUUCUUGCUUGAACUGGAAUAGGGAAGACUCACUCGUGCGACCACGUCAUUCUGGUCAGAAGUUUUAGUCGCGAUGAUGAUGAUGAUGAUUAUAAUGAUGAUGAUGACAAUAAUAAUAGCAAUAUGUAUCAUCUGUCUGUGUCUUUCUCUGGGCUGCACUGGUUUGGCACAGGUCCAGAACAGAGAACAAGAGGGAAGCAGAAGAUAUGUCAUGCGGUCACUUUAUUGUACCAACAUCAGAAUUCGCUUUCGUGCAAGUUAGCGCUUGAGCACAAAGACGGUUAGAGCUUGCAUUCCGAAUUCCUGCCACGUGAUCAAAAACAUCAAGACUGCCUGUUGACUGCAUACUGACGUGAGAUAUUAAUCGCAUCAUCAGUAUAUUGAUGUGGAUUGUAACUUUUUUCCAGGAAGUCUUCCGAACAGUACUUUCAAUAGAAAUGUUAUGAUUGCAUUUUCGAGUUAUGCAAGACUGAUCUUGUUUUAUUUUUUUUUUCUACUCAUUAAAAAGUAAUAUUUAUAUUUUAAAUGAAAUAAUAAUACGUGAGUCAUUUGAUUACCUAAUGGUCUUUUUUUUUAUUUUUUGUUGCUCAAUAGCUUUCCCGUCCUUUUGUUUUACGGUAACGAAAGAACAGACAGGUCUCGUGAAGCCUAACCAUAGAAAGAUAUGAAUUUUAGCACAGUGGUGCUGACAGUGCAAUAAACCAUAGCGCUGUCAUCAGUUUGUCGUUUAAGCGUGUUGGUAUCUUGGGCUUUGUUCACUUGUGUUCGUCGGUUUGUUUUGGACUUUUCAUGAAAGGAUACGCAAACAAAUUUAAAAUAUAUCAUCUGGCAUAUGUCAAUGACCCGUUUGCUCAACACCCAAAAUACUCUUGUUACGUAGCGAGGUGUAGGCUUUGUGUGGGUUUUUUGUUUUUUUUUUUCAAAUAUUCAAUAUUUCCGACUUGUAACGAAUUUUUUUUACAGCUUCUUUAAAUUAUGGGGGUAUUUUUGCUUCACAAAAUUAUUGGUAGCGUUUGUGCCACGUUUUCUUCUUUUUAAAGUAUAAUUUAUCUCUUUACUAUUUUUUUCAUUAAAGUAUAAAGUAUCUGUUUACUACUAUUUUCGUUAAAUCGUUUUUAAGGUCUUAAAAUCAACUUCUGCAUGAUUUUUCAAUCCAAAAUAAAUU